CCCUCCCUCAGUCGAUUCGCGCCGCGCAACAGCGAACACGUACCGAAUUCACGUUCGCGCCACUAAUUUCUGAUUAAGAAUUCCUUUUGUCCUUUGUUUGGUGUUCUAUUUUUGUUUGGCAAUCAAUCGAUACAUUAAACAAUGGGUGAACUAGAGUGGACGAACGAAUUGGCGAUUCGUCUCAUUCAAGAAUAUGAGAAACGCCCCGAACUGUGGGACACGACCCACGAGAUGUACAGAGUUCAAACAUUGAAGUACGAGACGUGGUCGGAGCUGGCGCGGAUGUUCGACUGCGACAUUGCGGACUUGCGCAAGAAGCUGAACUCGUUGUUCGCGUCGCACCGCCGCGAGAAGGCGAAGGUUCGCGCCGGCGGGCGAUCCACGUGGUUCCUGUAUCCGUACAUGAGUUUCUUACCCUCGCAUAUCGGGAAUGACAGUGGAGAGGCUGUUGUUUACAUUUCGCCUCAACCGAAGGUCCGUCCGCCCGUCAAAGAACGUGCUCCACCGUCCUCCUCGGACAACGACGAAGACAACGAACAUGACCUCAUGGAGAACAAUAGCAACGAUGAAGACCUCAACUCUGUUCAGGAAGUCCUCAUCAAGCAAGAACCUAUCCACGUACAUUAUAAACAAAGGGCCAGAGCUCCCGCUAAAACCCACAAACCCCGAAUUACUAGGCCUUUAAAAAGAAGAGUCGUCAAAGAACAUCACAGCUCUAGUUCUAGUAGUUUUGUCAGCAACGUUCUGGAUAGUAGACUAGCGGAGGCGGUUAAGUUGUUAAGAAGGUCAGAAAUGACCAGGAAAAUGGAUGAAUGUGAUAGUUUCGCGAAAUACAUUGCCGAUUCAUUGAGAAAACACGACGAUAGAACACAGUCAAUGAUAAAGCAGGCGAUCAACAAUAUCCUGUUCGAACAGGAAAUGAAGAAGUAUAGCUCUAAUCAGCAAUAUGCUGUGGUUUUGGCUGGAAUUGAUGAGAAUCCCUUGAUAUUGAGCGAUCAGGAUGUCACUGAGAAAUAACUUUCUCUGAAUAAUUUGCUUUUGGCAUUCUUGGAGAAAAUGAUUGAUGGAACUGCGGGGAAAGAUUUUCUCCCGCGGCCAUAAUUUAUGAAGAUAGAAAAUUUGUUCGGUGAUUUAAACAAUCGAACUUCCUACUUAAAAUCGG